AUGCCAUCCAUAGAGGGCACUGGUGCAACCGGCACUCCCGAUGAGAACGCAGAGGGCCGGCAGCAGAAGCCCAAGACGCUGCCAUGUAAGUUCUGCGACAAACGCUUUAGGGAUCUCCUCGUCCGUCACGAGAAGCUCGUACACCUCAAUGAAGGUUCUAGCAAGGACGGCAACCGGCCUCGGAAGCCGUCGACGGCCGGUGCAGCCCAACCGCCCCUACCAGCCGAGAAUCAUGUCGACUCCGAAAUGAUGGUGCCUCGAACGCACUCGCAACAUUAUCAUUCAGACUCCUUGUCCUCCUCUGUGGCUGUAGCCCCCCUUGCUCCUGACCCUCGCCAUUCUGCUAGAGCUGCCGCUUGCAACCUGGAUCUUUUGUCUGACGCGGCCACGCAGAUUGCCUCUGCAAACGAGGUCAACUCAAUGCCACCGAUGAUGUCGGAUCUGGGGCAGCCAGGCGGCGGUUUGGCGCGUAUCAAGACCUACGACGAAGCCAUGCCCUAUGCUGACCGCGGACGCGAGCCUGAAACAGUUCCCAUGUCGGUAGGAGUGCCGAAUCCUCCCGGGCCGCCUGCUUUCGACGAUUACAACGUCUUCUUGGACGAAUUUACGACCUCAUCUCACUUCCUUCCGCAAGCUUUCGAACCAGAGCAGGGGAUGGGCUUCUGGUCACGGCAUCCGUCAGAUCUCCAUCGAGGCGGGCUCUCGAAGCCGCCUUCCCAGUUUCCGUCUCGCUUUCCCUCGCUGGCCCCCGACCCGAGAGAUCCGUCAGACGGUGGCACCCGGAUGCAUGACGAGCCGAUGAGAGCGCAGCCGAUGAGAGUGUCUGCAAUGGACCAUACCGUUAUCAAGAAUCGACUGGACGAGUUUUCGACUGUCUUGCCUACCGACUUCGUGUUCCCAUCCCGCCACACUCUCACUAGAUUCCUUGAUGGGUACGUAAGCGGCUUCCACGACCAUCUACCUAUACUGCAUCUCCCGACCAUCAUCAUCGCCGAUAUAGCGCCGGAGUUGCUCUUGGCGGUCCUAGCUGUGGGCGCCCAAUACCGCUUCGAGAGUCACCGGUCCAAUGCGCUGUGGUAUGCCGCUAAAGCGGUAGCUCUCGAACAGAUCCGGCGGCGCCAUAGCCAUGAGAUCCAUGGUUUGUUACCCACACCGGCGGCAUACAGCCCACACUCCACACGGCCGUCACCAAGUCACGGAUUCCGUCACUCGUUCAGCUCGGUCCAGCAGGAGCGGUCGAUGACCCAAGAUACACACCGCGAGCCAUACACUCCCAACACACCCCAGUCUCGCAUGGAAACCAUACAAGCGCUUCUGUUACUCUUCGCCGUCGGCCUCUGGGGUGCAAAGGCUAUCCUGCGCGAGGCCUUGUCUCUUCAAAGCCUCCUCGCUCUGUUGGUGCGUGAGGAAGGGUUUCUAUCAGAAUCCACUCAAACAUCAGACUGGGAGUCGUGGGUUCGAAUCGAAGGUGGAAACCGCACGAAGCUUAUCGCCUAUUGUUUCUUUAAUCUGUGCAGCAUCGCUUACAACAUGCCGCCCCUCCUCCUCACGUCAGAGCUUAACCUGUUCCUCCCGCACUCGUCGAAAUUGUGGCGGGCGGAGACAGCUUGGCAGUGGCAGGAUGCUCGUCAGUCGUUCCCUAGUAUGGACAUAUCCCUUCAAGAUGCCUUCUCGAGACUGUUUAGUCGACCGCCGCAAGGCCCUCCAGCAUAUAUGUCCUCGCUCGGCAAUUACGCCCUUAUCCAUGCCAUAUUGCAACACGUAUUCCUCCUGAAGCAGACAUCGUUCUCUUCGGCGUCGCCUUUCGGGGGACUGCGGCAGGAUGACGUUGAGGAUUGCUCACAAGCUCUGCGUAUCUGGCAGAUGAGCUUCGAGCAGCACCAGGCACGGGCAAACGAAGGGGGCCAGCAGAACGGCUCUGACGGAUUCCCCGGAGGAUCGGUUGCUUACAACUCGACCGCUCUCCUACGGUUAGCCUCUAUCCGUUUAUACACCGAACUGAGUCCCAGCAGAACCCUGGAGACGCGAGACGCGGGCCAGAUUGCCCAAGCAUUCCUUGACGCCCCCUAUCUCGUCCGGAGCGUGAGACUCAACAGAGCCGUCUUCCAAGCUAUCCACGCACUGUCUAUGCUAGUUAAGGUGGGCGUCAAUUAUGUGGCGAGGAAGAAAUCCUCAGAAUGGAGCAUACAACACUCCUUGUGCAAUUUAGAAUGCGCCAUCCUCCUUUCGAAAUGGCUGAUGACCCUUGCAUCGGUCGGUCCUACGGGUACCUCUCCCGAACCGGACGAGCGGGGCCUCCUCGAAAUGGUACGCCACAUGCUCGAUGAAACGGAGUUUGCGGUGCCUAUCGACCCCUCACUUUCGGGAGGAGGCCCGGGUCACACAUCGGGUAUGGAUGCAGCCGCCAACGAUAGUACGAAGCUGCGCCAGCUCGCCGUAGCCGUGAUCCGCCUCUGGGCUGAGACUUUUAAGGGAUCCCACAUUUUUGAUAUCGUGAAGGCGAUUGGCACUGGGUUGGAAGGGUACGCGGAUCUCUUGGAAAAGCCACGGGAUAGGACGCCAUUAGGCCGUAUGGCGUCCAAUGCGGGACUCGGGUGA